UUGGUGAGGCCGACUUGGAGGGAAUUUAACUCCGCUAAGAAAGACAAAUAGGAGACCAGAGCAGAGACAUCAAUCACUCCCAAAAGGGCUGCCUCAGGAGCAGUGAAGUGUCUUCAUGGCAGUUCGUCGAGGACACAUUAAGUACUUGAAAGCUGACCUGCAGGAGGUUUAUGACAUGUCGAACGGUUAUGAAGACCACAUGGGAGGGGACGAGGGGAAGGACGCCAAGACCAACCUGAUAGUGAACUACCUGCCUCAGAGCAUGACGCAGGACGAGCUGCGGAGCCUCUUCAGCAGCAUCGGAGAGGUGGAGUCCGCCAAGCUGAUCCGAGACAAAGUCGCAGGCCACAGUUUAGGGUACGGAUUUGUUAACUAUCUUAACCCUAGUGAUGCAGACAGAGCUAUCAGUACACUGAAUGGACUAAGGCUACAGUCCAAAACUAUCAAGGUCUCAUACGCACGACCCAGCUCUGAUACAAUAAAGGAUGCUAACCUGUAUAUCAGCGGCCUGCCCAAGUCUAUGACCCAGAAGGAUGUGGAGGACAUGUUUUCACGUUAUGGUCGCAUUAUUAAUUCCCGUGUACUUGUUGACCAGGCCACAGGUACGACAGGUGCGUCCCGUGGAGUGGCUUUCAUUCGGUUUGACAAGCGGGCGGAAGCAGAAGAUGCCGUCAAAAACCUGAACGGCCAAAAGCCACCCGGGGCCUCCGAGCCAAUCACAGUGAAAUUCGCGGCCAACCCGAACCAAGUGAAGAACACGCAGCUCAUCUCUCAGCUCUACCACAACCAGUCCAGGCGUUUCGGAGGGCCUUUACACCACCAGGCACAGCGGUUUAGGUUCUCCCCUAUGGGCGUUGAUCACAUGGGCAGCAUGGGAAGCGUCGGCGUCCCCGGGAACUCCACCUCCGGCUGGUGCAUCUUCAUCUACAACCUGGGCCAGGACGCAGACGAGAGCAUCCUGUGGCAGAUGUUCGGCCCCUUUGGCGCCGUCACCAACGUCAAGGUGAUCCGAGACUUCAACACCAACAAGUGCAAGGGUUUCGGCUUCGUCACCAUGACGAACUACGAGGAGGCGGCCAUGGCCAUCGCCAGCCUCAAUGGCUACCGGCUCGGAGACAAGAUACUGCAAGUGUCCUUUAAGACCAGCAAGGGCCACAAGUAGAGAGCGCUGGACAAUCGGGUGUAGAGGAGAGAGGGGAAUAACCUGCACCAGGCUUUUAUUGCAGACAGGAGAAAUACAUGUUUGAAAAGUCUGGCCAAUCAAUUUGGGUUUUAGUGUAUUCAGAGUUAAGAGAUGUUCACUCUUCUGCACCUUUGUACUUGUCUAAAAGAGUGUAGACACAGUUCGUUUUGACUUUUCUCCUUUUUUGUUUUGUGUUUUGUUUUUUUUGUGAGGUGUUUUUUUUUCUUUCUUUUUUCUUCUUCUUCAUACUCCUGUUUGAAGACACUCAUUAGUUUUAGUUUUUAGGGAGAGGAUGGAGAGGGCAAAAAUCCCAACAUACUCCCAAGAUAAGUUUUGACCUAAAAAGCUAAGAUACUGUCUGUAUGUGUUUGCAUGUUUAACUGUGAGGACUUGAUUAAGGAGACGGGCCCUGUGCUGCUUUGGGAAAGAGUUCUUAGCAGUGCACUGAAAGCCACAGAGUUGAAGUGAAAGCCCUGCAAAUAUGUUCUCCAAGUGUCAACAUUUCAGUGGUAUUGUAUUUUGUAAGGAGCCAGUGGUUGUUUUCGUCUGGGAAAAGCGGCGCUCUGUCCUGGAUCAUCGUCAUAUGUAGAAAUAGAUGCCUUAAAUUAUAAUCCAGUGGAGACACACACACACACACACACACACCUACAAAUACUACUCACUGUCUUGAGUCAGUCUGUGAGCAGAGCACUUUUAACCAGUCUGUUUUAGGUUGCUAUGAAUAUCAGUUUUAAUCUGUGAGGUUUGCCCCCACCCCACCCCCACCUUCCUACCAGUUUCAAACACAGGCUCUGGAGGGAAUUGUUUUUGUUUUG